AAGUGCACGAAGCUCAAAAGGAUGUGUGACGCGGGAAACAAAUUUGUCUGUCCCAGCGACAGAAUGCUGGCGCUCAGAGCCAAACUCCACUCAGGAUGGUGUACAGGAAAACCAGCAAGCGGGAGUGCUUUGAAGCCUGACGAACAGGCAGCCAUUCUCAAUGUCAUCAAAAGAAAUGAGGCACUGGAGACAGCAGAACGGCAGAGAAUUGGAAUGAUGGUGGAACGUCUGGAGAAGCUGAAACAGCGCGUGACGGACAGCGGACCAAGGAACUGUCGACUCUGUGGGCAAUCCUUUGGCUUGCUAUCCCUGUCCAAGCAGAUCUGUGACGACUGCCGCCAUCAGGUGUGUUCCAAGUGCGCCAUCGAGCUCUCCACAAAGACUCUCCAAGGUGAGAGGGAGAUUUGGCUGUGUAAGAUAUGCUCUGAGACAAGAGAAAUGUGGAAAAAGUCUGGAGCGUGGUUUUUCAAAGGCAUUCCGCGCUAUGAGCUGCCCCGCAGGGACAUAUCAAAUUCGAAAUCCUUCCGCCGUGACGAUAAACCCAUCGUAGGAAGGACAAUGAAGUUGGGUGCGCGUCUCAAUGACUCGUCAUCGGAAGAUGAAGAGACGGACGAUAAAUUGGAUGCCGCCAAAAUGCUCCAAAGGAGACAGUCGAGCUUGCUAAUGGGAAACGGAAGUAUGACGAGAGAGAGGUCACACGUGGAAUCCACAGUGAGCAGCAGAAAGAUGUCCAUCGGAGGUCAUAGCCAGCAAUUGAGCUCCACAACAUCCCAGGACAGUAGCAGUUUCUCGAUGGCGGAAUGGAGAAGCCAACAUGAAGGUGGGAGCCUCAUAAGGUCAUCGUCUCUCCUUCGACGUGGCUCUAUUUCAUCCAGCUAUUCAACCACAGAAUCUUGCACAGGUGUGCUUAAUACUGUGGCCAUGAGUCAAGGCUGCAAAGAGCCGCCACUGGGCUGGGUGGAGCUCGUCCUCAACUACGACGAGUCCAACCACUCCCUUGACUGCUCUGUGAUACGUGCCAGAGACUUGCCGCCCAUGGACAGUGCUGGUCUGGCGGAUCCUUUUUGCAAGAUCAACGUUGUGUCUAUCGACGGAAUGGCUCGUCAGCAGCGCUGGAUGAAGACCAAGACAGUCCACAAGACUCGCAAUCCCGAAUUUAAUGAGACCGCCACAUUCCUAGGCAUGGAGCACGAAGAGCUCAAUCGAUCCAUCCUGUAUGUCGUCAUCCUCGACGAGGAUAAGUAUGGCCACGAUUUCCUCGGAACGGCAAAAAUCGUCUUAUCUCCGAUUUAUGCAACAAGUCCUUGUCGCAUCUCCGUGCCACUGGAUGCUGAGGAUCAGCACAGUAUCGACGCGAGCUUGUCGGGUCCAUGGCCUCGUGGCCAGAUCCUAAUCUCUCUUUGCUACAAUACUAAAAAACGUGCCCUCGUCGUGAAUAUAAAGCGCUGCAUCAACCUCCUCCCAAUGGACAACAAUGGGUUUUCCGAUCCAUUUGUGAAAAUACAAUUGAAACCCGACUCGCAUCGCAAGAAAUACAAGACGAGCAUCAAAUGGCGCAAUUUGAAUCCUGUCUUCAACGAGGAGUUCCUCUUUGAGUCGCGCCCCAACGACUUCGACAAGCAGUUCCUCAUCAUUACUGUCUGGGACAAAGACUUUGGCAAAAGUAAUGACUUCCUGGGAUCGCUCAUGUUGGGCCCCACGAGCAAGGGGCGCCGCCUGAAGCAGUGGCGAGACUGUGUCCGUCUCCCAGAUCACUAUCAUGAGCAGUGGCACUGUCUCGCCGCUGACCCCGCUCACUGAGCACUUAAUCAAAAAAUUGUGUUGAAUUUAUGAGAAAAAUUAAAGGGUCAGCAAUGGGAAAAAUUAUCAUUUUCACAUCGCUAGAAUGCUUUCCAAGUAUUUUCAUGACUCUCUUGA